GCUCCAGCCCUGUUUCCAUAGUAACAAAACUCUCGACACAGUCAGACGUUUGUUUUGUCACUCCCUGCAAGUUAGCUCGAAAUCCAUACUCGGGUUUUCUCCGCACUAUUUUUGCCGGUGUCCAGAUUUGCAAACGCAGUAUAGCUGGUAAUAAAGACAACAGUAGACAUGAACACUGACACAGAUCGCCGACAAAACGACAAUGGCGUUGGCAAUGGUGAUGGUGAUGAUGAUUCAACAAAAGCUGCCCCGACUUCCCAGAUUCCUGGGCUGUCUGACGAUGCUAACAAUGGUCCUGAGGAGAGGACUAAAGGACGCCGUACUGGAGUUAAUGAGUCCGAUUCUGCUUAUACUAAACUGGCUAAACAAGGAGGACAGAGGGGUAAAAACGGUUUAUUGUGGCAUGAGGAGACCAAUUUGGACACCAAACCUAAUUCUGCAUCAUCUUACAAAGCUCCAAACUGGUUCUCUGGAUCUCCAAAAGCUCAAGAGCAAGCAAGCCCAACCGAGAGCUUUCAAAACUACAUGUCAACUAAUGCUCCCUUUGGGAGUGAUAAUAAGUCAACUUGGGAAAGGGACUUUGAUGACAAAGAGAAGAUCUCUCCCAACAGCCAGAUGGAGAACUUGUCCUUAGCAUCGGGAAAGAAUGAAGAUGCAGCAGGCAAUUUCAAGAAAACCCCAGCAGCCCCGCUACCAAUUGAUGGGGCUGAAGAAAUAUCUCAGAAAUCUCAGAAUUCGACCCCUGUCAACAUGUCUACGCUCUUGAGCUUUGGCUAUUUAGAGGACCAGAAAGGGGCACCAAAUACGCAUUCAUCAAGUUCCAAGGAGUAGAAAGGAGCAAAGGCAGUGACGCACGACUGACUCCUCAAUGUUCUCCUCCACAACGUUCCUUCACCAGGUUUUGCCUGUUCACAACCGCUCAUAGAUCGAUUAAAAGCAGUUUGUUUAGGUUCAAGUCAGAGUUAAGGCACUCUUGUCAUGCUACAUGUUUAUGCUUGUCCCUAGACGUAUACACAACUGCAAAACUUGAUUCUGUUAGAUUGCGCUCACAGACCCACUCUGUUCUGUGCCUGAAGUUGCUAAUGAACUGCAUUUUCACUGUAACACUAACAGCUAAUGUACUAGCCUGAGCUAUGCUCUUGUUCGUCUGUUGUAGUUUGGGGAAUGAUGGUUUACUUUUAAAAGGUGUCUAUGGCUUAGAAGGGCUCCUCUAAAAAUGCCUGCUGUUUUGAAGUGUUAUGUCUUUUUUUGUGUGUGUGUGCCUCGUUAUGGUUGCUAUAAAGAUUUGUUUUAAAGAAAAUAAAUGUGUGGUGCAUGGAA